AUGGAUCGAUAUCCACGAGUGGCCCUGUCCGGGGUGACACGAAGCCUCAGGGCUUUGCGGAGCUCUCGAAUGUAUGCUACGACCUCUCAGCCCACUCUUCGAACCGCUCUCUUCUUCCCUGGUCAUGGCGUCCAACGGAAAGGCAUGACCAAAGAGUGGGUGGAAGCAUUUCCGAAAACGUGCAAACCGUUCUUAGAGGAGAUGGAUGACAUAGUCAAAUGCAAGCUAUCCACUUUGAUUGAGGAAGGGCCUAUUCUGCAGCUGGACAAGACGGAGAAUGCCCAACCUGCGAUCAUGGCCGUGUCCAUCAUGAUUCUGAGAGUACUCGAGCAGGACUUUGGUUUCAAGACCGAGGAAGUGAUCGACGUCACACUGGGUCACAGCCUGGGUGAAUAUGCAGCCCUCGUAGCUGCGGGCAACCUGGAAUAUGCAUAUGCUCUUGAUCUAGUCCGGAAACGCGGCGAUGUCAUGGGAGAAUGCACCAGGAAAGCAAAAGAGGAAACAGGUGAAGAGUUCGGCAUGAUCGCUCUUGUCUGUGAGCCACAACAGUUGGAAGGGUUGAUUGCAGCUGUCAAAGAAUUCCUUGGCCAUGGUGCAGAAGGCACAAAAGACGACUCCAGCGCACUUCCCGCAGUGGAGCAGGUUGCCAUCGCCAAUAUCAACUCGAGAAAUCAGAUAGUCUUAAGCGGCAGCUUCCAGCGGAUACGACAUAUGCUCGUGCAUCUUCGCGAGUUUGGCGGGCACGAUCCUCGAGCGGUCGAGUUGAAGUCACGUUCAGCAUUCCACAGCCCGAUCAUGAUGCCGGCGUACGAGUUCAUGAAGAAGGCCUUGCAUCCGGAAAAAGUGGUGUUCCCGGGACGAGUCCCCUGCAUCAGCAAUGUCACCGCAACGCCCUUCAGCUCGAAGGAGAAUCUGAUCAAUAAUCUCGCAAGGCAGGCCGUUGACACAGUGCUCUGGUGGGAUUCCAUCAAAUACCUGGACAAGGAAGCCGGGUGCAAACGCUACCUGGGGGUCGGGCCAGGCAAGGUCGGGCGUAACCUCAUAAGUAAAUCGAUUGACGGACCGGUCUGGUCCAUCACGAAACCAUCAGAGAUUGAACAGACUCUGCGGGAACUGGAAGACAGCGCAAAGGAGCAAGUCAGAUAA